UAUUAGAACCCACUCAGUUCACACAUUUUCUGUUUUACUCGCCUUUCCUGCAAUUCUUAUCACUGUCUGUUGAAUUCUCUCUUCUUUUUUUUCAAGCAAUUCGAGGGUCUAUGUCACAAUUCAUGUCUUGAAUUUACUGAUUUCAUAGUUCGAAUUACAUUAAAAGGUUAUUUCUUUCUGGGUUGUUUUCAAUCUGUUUGAUUAUUUUUUUGGGGCAAAUGGAGGAAGGCCUUCUUGGACGUGGUUUAGUGGCACAUGUGCCUCCUCCUGGCUAUUUUGUACGUCUGGAGAAUACGGGUUCUGAAGGCAUUCCUUAUUUGAGAAAGAAAGAAAGGAUGCGCAGGUGGCUAUGUUGUUCUUGUCAAGUAGAAGAAUCAUACCCAUCAAAUGAAAAUGAUUACCUCAAAAGCCCAAAGGACCAUGCUGAUGGACACCGAAAAGGGUCAAAGGUGUCAGAUCCUGUCAAAUCUGAAGUUCAAAAGGAAGUGCCACCUAUUGAAGUUCCUGCACUGUCCUUAGAUGAGCUGAAAGAAAAAACUGAUAAUUUUGGAUCAAAGGCAUUGAUUGGUGAAGGAUCCUAUGGAAGAGUAUACUAUGCAAACUUAAAUGAUGAAAAGGCCGUGGCUGUGAAAAAGCUUGAUGUUUCAUCUGAGCCUGAGUCAAAUGUUGAUUUUCUGUCUCAGGUUUCCAUGGUUUCAAGACUCAAGCAUGAAAAUCUUGUUGAAUUGCUUGGUUACUGUGUAGAAGGCAAUCUCCGUGUGUUAGCAUACGAGUUUGCAACCAUGGGAUCUCUGCAUGACAUUUUGCACGGUAGAAAGGGAGUCCAAGGGGCACAACCAGGUCCUGCGCUUGACUGGAUGCAACGUGUGAGAAUUGCUGUUGAUGCGGCAAGGGGACUGGAGUAUUUGCAUGAGAAGGUUCAACCAUCUAUAAUACACAGGGAUAUUAGAUCUAGCAAUGUGCUUCUAUUUGAAGACUUUAAGGCCAAGAUUGCAGAUUUUAACCUUUCAAAUCAGGCACCUGACAUGGCUGCUCGCCUUCAUUCUACUCGAGUUUUAGGAACCUUUGGCUAUCAUGCACCAGAAUAUGCGAUGACUGGACAACUGACACAGAAGAGCGAUGUCUACAGCUUUGGGGUUGUUCUGCUGGAGCUUCUGACUGGGAGGAAACCUGUCGACCAUACUAUGCCUCGUGGACAGCAAAGUCUUGUUACUUGGGCCACUCCAAGACUAAGUGAAGACAAAGUUAAACAAUGUGUAGAUCCAAAGCUCAAGGGAGAUUAUCCUCCAAAAGGAAUCGCUAAGCUGGCUGCUGUGGCAGCACUAUGCGUGCAGUAUGAGUCUGAGUUCAGGCCAAAUAUGAGCAUUGUUGUCAAGGCUCUCCAACCACUUCUGAAGCCUCCUGCCCCAGCUCCCGAGACCUAAGGCAAAUAAAUUCAGUAGCCCCCGUGUUGAAUUUCCUGCAUUUUUCACAGAAUUUGGGUUCUUUCAUUGGUGGAUUUUGUUUUACAAUCUAGACACAUUUUUUUUUUCAAAUUUUUUUUUCUUUGGCAUUUGGGAUUCAGUCGUGUAGGUCUGAAUCGGUCCUCUCGAUGUCUCCUGUUUGUCGAAGUUGUUGCUGAUUGGGAUGUGUGAUGUAUUUGUUCAAGCGUCUGUUUUGCUUUCUUAUUGUUUCCAAUUUUUAUAAUUAAACAAUAGGCCUUCCUUGUA